AUGGAAUCAAAAUUCUCCAAAAUUAAUGACAAAUUUGUCAACAAGAAGGGCAACAGCAACAACGGCGGAUUAAGAAAAUAUAUGCCAUCUUUGAGUAACAAUAAUAAGAAGAUUACGUUUUGUGAAGUGGUUGAAGUCGGGUCAGCAAUUCAAUCUUAUGAUAGAAACGGCCAACUUUAUGGCAUUAGAAAAGAUGAAGAAAUUGAUACAUGGUUUAUUGGUGAAACCCACGCCAAAACUCAAUAUAAUUUGACCCGUUGGGUCAAUAAAAAUCACUACGAUCGAGAAGAAGUCAAUAAUUCUUUAUAUGAAAUUAAAAAGAACUCCGGCGUUUGGGGCCAAGGCGAAGAAUGUAGAUUAUGGAAACCUUAG